AUGCUUGCCGGAAGACGUGCUAUAGUGACGGGUGCCUCAAGAGGCAUUGGCUUGAGCAUCUCCAAAUCUCUUGCUGAGUUGGGUGCCUCCGUGACAAUGUUGGCAAGAAACUCAGAUGCCUUAUAUGACAACGUGAAAACGUUGGCAACUCCGGAGAAGCAGGAGCACAAGUUUGUCUCGUAUGAUCUUGCAGCAUUGGCUCGUGGACAGGAGCCUGAAAACCACGGUUUUUUAUUGGAGGCUUUCAAUGAGUCUUCAAUUCUAGUCAAUUGCGCUGGUACAACUGCAAAUACUCUAUUGGCAAGGGCACCCCAGCAGUCCAUCGUGGAUACCAUAAGUACUAAUCUCAUCGCCCCCAUCGUGUUGAGCAAGUUGGCUAUAAAGCCCUUUACAAAGAUCUCGAAGCUGCAAGACCAAAAACCUGUCAUUGUCAAUGUUGCCUCUGUUCUUUCGUUCACUGGCAUCACCAGUCCAGGUACUACAGUUUAUGCAGCUCUGAAAGCCGGUCUUUUAGGGUUUACGAAGUCUCUUGCAUCCGAAUUGAGAGGCUCCAUUCGUGUAAACGCAGUGUUACCAGCGCUUGUGAAGGAGACAGAUAUGGGAAAAACGGCACCAGCAGGAAACAAUUUUCCUGUGAUAAAGAUGGAAGAUGCUGUCAACAACACAGUAGAGCUUAUAACAGAUGAGUCUCUCAAUGGAAAGUUACUCAUAGCAGAUGGCAAGGGCCCUCGGUUCUUAGAAACAAGUCCCAACAAAUAA